AGAGGGCGUUUAAAAUCUUUCAUAAUGGUACAAAUGCCUGAACAACUUCCAGCGUCAACUUGUGUAUUCCUCUGGACAAUAAACUGGUCGUCUGUACUUUAGUGCCUUAACAAUGCUCCGUGCCACCACUGCCUUCCUGUGCGCCUAUUGCCAGAAGAGGAGCGUCUUAACCCCUCAUAUGGGCUUCUCUUCCUCUACCCUCGCCAACAAGCGGCCAGAGAACCAGCAAACUGUCGACUCCCUUUAUGACCUAUCGGUGGACAUCCGUAAAGUGCGUAAGUUCAAGGGAUGGGUGCUGUCAGAGAACUCUGUGUACGUGUACGAGACGGCGGACCUGCUGCGGGACAUGGGCGCUGACACUGCUUCCAUUGCCCGUGUGCUGGAGACCCACCCCGAGGCUAUCCUGUGUCGGCCCGAGGACGUGGCAGCUCAGCGGGACCUCUGGUCCUCCGUAUGCCCCAACCGGCGUGAGCUGGUGGGCAUCAUUGAGAAGUUCCCUGCCUCCUUCUUCACGCUCACGCACCACACCAACCAGCGUGACAACAUACGCUAUCUCCAGAGCUUGCGCCUCAGCAAGCGCAUCAUCGGGAAGCUGAUGGCCAGCGCCCCCCAGAGCUUCAGCCGGCCUGUGGAGAGCAACCAGGAGGUCAUCCACAUGCUGCGAGAGACUUACUUGGACCUGGGAGGGGAUGAGGGAAACCUGCGCUUAUGGUUCCAAAAGUUGCUCAGCCAGAACCCUUACAUCCUGAUGCGGCCGGCUGAGGCGUGGAGGGACAGUCUGGGCUUCUUGAGGGAAAAGGGCUUCACCACAGAGGAGCUCCUGGUCCUGGUCUCCAGCCUCAGGGCCUCCAUCGCAGAGCUGCAGCCUGAGGCCAUGCAACAGGCUCUGGACUACACCCAAGGGGUGCUCGUGUGCUCUGAAGAUGAGCUCCGGGAGAUAGUCCUCCGCUGCCCUGCUGUACUGUACUACUCAGUGCCCACCCUGGUGGGCCGGUUCAAGGGGCUGCUGGACGUGGGGGUGAGCAUGGACCAAGUGAGGGAGAUGCCCAACGUGCUGGAGCUCACCACUCAGAUUGUGCUCUACCGSAUCCAGAAACUAGCCUCCUACGGCUAUGACGUGCGAGGUGGCAGCCUGGACGUUAUCGUCGGAACCAAGAAGGACUUUGAGAUGACCUAUGGAAAAUUGCAGCUAAGGCAACAACGACCACUCUUCAACCCUGUUGCCCCUCUCAGGACCGCAGAGGAGUGAAUGUUAAUGGACCACAUGGCUUUUCCCACAUUUUGUUAUGUUACAGCCUUAUUCUGAAUAUGAUUCAAUUGUUUUUCCCCCUCAUCAAU